UUACAGCCCUGCUGAAAAAUCCAGCAUAAACCAGCAUGGAUUCCAAGCUAGUCUAAAUUGGUUUAUGUUGGUAUAGUGCUGGUCAAGAUGGUGGACCAGCAUACCCAUGCUGUUCUCAAGCAAAAUAGAGCUGGCGAUGCCGGUUCACCAGCAUGGUCUUGCAGGGUUUGGUGUCAGUAGGCCAGUUUUCUGUAGUGCAGUGUUUUUCACAGCAUCCCACGCUUGUCCCAGCAUGCAAAACAUACCCUAUGCUGGUGACUAGCAAUGCUGGAUUUUUUAGCAAGGAGCAUAUCAGGCAGGAAAUCUAAACGUUCGCCUAGCAUUCAUCAACCUCAAAUAUGGUUUAUCGCUAGCAGCAACUUUACACAGCUGUUUGCUUUAAAGUUUCCCUAGAAAAAUGUUCAUUAUUAGGCAACAAAAUAUGCUGUUAUUUUCUAGGUCAUACAGAUAAAAGCAAUUUAUGUGUACACACGUACAAUAUCAAUGAGAUGUUGUGCUUUUGUAAAAUAAAGAAAACGAUCAGGACACGCUUUCUGCCAUCAUUCUUUUGCUGAGAUUACGAGUCAGCAUCCACUUCAUCUUUGCAGCUGACACUGACUCAGAAAACACGCAUUUAUAAAUAAAUAGUUAAAAUAUUUUUUUUCACAACACAGCCAUAGUCAUUACUUGUGCUGGUGCUUUGUGACGAGCUUUAUGCAUGUUCUUGAGUGCAGAAAAGACUAUAUUUUAAAUGCUCAUUAGGCUUUGGUUCCAAACCCACCAGUAUAUAUUUAAUUCAUUGCAUUAACAUAAACGUGUGAUUUAUCGACUAAUUGCAUGUUUAGUUGACUACCAGUCAACUAGAAAAUUCUUUUGUUGGGACUGAAUUAGAUUGUGAUUUAUGAAGCCAUGGUAUGAUGCCAUGUUUGAUGGCACAGGUUUUAUAUCAGUUCAGUGAUUUUUACUGGUGAAAGUGGAUUCAUAGUGGUUAUAUAAGGUCUUUUAAAUGGUUUAUUUGAAUGCAAAUGUUAUCACUAAAUAUAGCUGCUGUUUGUGUUUACCAUCAUGUUAAAUUUUGUUGUAUUAUGUCUCAUUUUGCCCAUCUUGGUUAAAUACAGGCUAAUAAAUACAUUAAUUUGUGUUUUAUAGCUGUGAGAAAUAACUUCUGUGAUGUAUUUGAAUAAAGAGCCCCAUACGGCAGCAAAAUCACAAUGUAAAUCAGUAAUCAGUCUUAAUGUUGCGUGUACAGUACUAGACAAAAGGUUUUGCAUAACAUAAUGUAUAAAGAGUUCAGCAGAUUGUACAAUUCAAGUUGAGAGAAGGAAGUUAAUAUACUGGGGAGAAGAUCAACCUUCAGUUGGUCCAGAGCAGUGAACAAAGCUGUGAAGACAAGAUGAUGCAGAACAAGAUUCAACUCGUCGUUUUACUCACGCUAACAGGAAUCCUGUCGAAGGCUUCAUGCGUCCCGUAUAAAUUCAUCCUGAUCAAAGAGCUGAAGUCCUGGACAGAAUCGCAAUCGUACUGCAGGGAGAAACACAUCGAUCUGGCGACGGUUCAGAGCGAUGAAGACAGAGCCAAACUAAAGGAGGCAGCAAACGCUGCGAACUUUCAAUCUUUCGCCUGGAUCGGCUUCUACAAUGGCAUCUACACCUGGCGCUGGUCAUAUCAAAACACGGCGAUCAGCUACGCAAAGUGGGCUUACUUGGAGCCGAACACACCCCGCACACAGGAGGCCUGUGCGUUUGUGAACAACAACAAACUAUGGAGUGAUACAUCCUGCACUGAAGAAAAAUACUUCUUUUGCCAAACUGACAAGAGACAAAUUCCAGACAAGUUUAAGUACAUCCAAACGAGCAUGAAGUGGCGUGAAGCUCAACUUUACUGCAGGACGCUCUACAUAGAUCUGGCCACCAUCGCAGACGACAGCGAGAACACGGCUCUUGCAACUAUUAUUACUGAAAAUAGCGGCUUGGACGCGUGGAUCGGCCUGUCCAAAAACCUGUGGCUGUGGUCAGACCAGACCAACGUGUCAUGGUCCACCGUGACAUGGCAGUCCGGACAGCCCGAUAACGUGAACAGAAACGAAGAGUGCGAGUGCCUGGACCGAAGGACAGAUGACCGACGACACCUGCUCGUCUUCACGGGCUUUCUACUGCAAAACUGAAGACAGGAAAAUCCAGACUGUCAGAGUGACAGUCAAAUCAUCUGGAUAUCUGGACCAAUCUGCAGUGAUGAAGGCCAUAGAAAAUAAGGUGAAUCAGAUCCUGUCAGAUCAGGGAAUGAACACUGAAUCAUGGCGUGUAACAUGGCGAGUCCAUCCUGAUGGGAAGAUCUUCCACCAGACAAACACCACACAAAACACGCCAACAGCAUGAGAAGACUCCAGGGAGACAUCUGAAGCAUACUAACUUAAUAGAAAAAUAUACCAAUGUUUAUGAUUCUGUGGAGGUUUUUGUGCUAAAUUAGUUUAUUACCAUCAUAUUUAUUCAAUACAGUUAAACUUAUUACUUUACAUUCUAUAAUUCAUUUGUAAAAAUAAUAGCCUAGUCUUGGGAUCCUAAACAUAAAUAUUUUAGUGAUA